AUGAUGCUAGUGCUUUUUUUGUGCGUAAUUAUGAAGAUUGCUGAGUUAUCCGUUGGGCGUGUUAGCCCGACUCUUUCAAGACAUUCGCCGCCUUAUUAUAUCCAUAAUUUCAAUAAUUUCAAUACUUACAACGAUAAUAACAAUAAUAAGCGCAAAAUUCGGAAAUGGAUUAAUAUCAAUAAUAAGUAUCAGUGCAACAAAAACAACAAAAAACGCGCUGGUAAGAGAGCUACAAUGAUGGAAGAUCCACAGACUCCCGGUUCGGAUUGUAAUUCCAAUCCAGCAGAUCCUAUUUCUCAGGAUCUCAUAAGCUCGGAAUUUAUUCAAGAUAACUCGGACUAUCAGUGGUUUAUAGAUUAUGGUUAUCGAGAUGGAGGAUUACACGUCCAUCCAAGUGUACUUUCAUCACUUUCUACUUCUUACACUCAAGAGGACUUGGGUUACUACGACGACUUGGCAAGAAAUUUGGAUGCCAAUCUUGCUGAAGUUGAUAUGGAGAGUUUCCGAACCGCAGAUAUACAUACUCUGCUUACAGCUUUACCUGUUAUGUGUACCGAUCCUAUUCAACAGUCAGAGUUUAACUAUCAAAGGGAACGUUAUGCCAGUAUAUCUGGCUCAGUGAUGGAAAAAAUCGACAUUGGUUCGUCAAUCAGUCCUCAUACCAGCAGUCAGGGCGAAGACUCAGCCUGUUCAACCGCGGAUACAAUUUCUAUUUGCAAGUCAUCGCUGCUUUUUUCGCCAGUUAAAGAAACUCCAGUUCUGCCACCGGGUGGUAGCUACAGCGUUGACUCGCUGGACUGCGAAGACAUUAAAAUGGACUUGAAAAACAUGUUGGACUACUCAAUGGCUUGUUCGGAUUCCAAAAUAUACACAACUUGGAGUAACUUAAAAUACUUAUCAGCGACCAAAGUUAUGAAACGACACGGGUCUGGUAACAAUAACACCAUCCCAAAUUUUCUUCAAGGAACCCCAAUACCCGCGACUGUAAUGUUGAAUUCCACCAAAAGGAGCUUGAGUUUACCUGACUUGAGAAAAACGCGUGACUUUGACCAAAUAAACAUCCCGUUGAAUUUUUCAAUGGACUCUGCAGAGUCGCAUCACCAGCACUCGCACAGCUCUAGCUCCGCGAUGAGCAGGUCUGUGAACGAGAGCUCAAACAGCAACACCUCUGGUAAAAAAGUUCAAAAUAUGAGUCUGGUUAAAUUAUUUAUGAAGCAAAAAAGCAUGAGCGCUGAAGGUAUGAGCUUGACGUUGGAUCAAUCAGACUCUGCUAGUGACAAUGGUUGGCCUGCUAGUAACAGCAGCAGCGCAAGUAGAAACACAAACACACAGAUUCAAAGAAUUAAUAAUAAUAUUAAUGAAAAUUGUAAAAAUAACAUUCCGGAGAAUGAUUUUUCUAUCAACUGGGUUAAAACUGACUGCUAUAAAAGUUCUGGAACAACCGACAGUUCCAAUACAUCUAAACGUGUGCCAUCUAUUAAAGAAUUCAAACAAGAAUCACCUUCAGUAGAAGAAUUAUCCGAGAGUAUUUUAAAAUCAGAAAUUACUGAUAAAAUAAUCCCUGAUUUGCAAUUAAGAGACAGUGAAUUUGUGAAGAACAUUAAAAUAGCCUGGAGUAAACCCGAGCAAGAGUCAAUACCAAUUUCCAAGACCACAGGGAUCCAAACAAUAAGAGAAGUUGAAGACAAUGGAGUCCAGACAUCUCUCCUGUACACUUUACCUUCUAAAAAUGACUACUACCCCCAUUUACGCGAGACAUUUGUCGACAAAAAGCCCGUGUAUGUAGUCUACCCUAAUUACGUGUUACCUGACUUGUCAUUUUUAAACAGCAAGGAGGUAAAAAUAAACAACGUAGCAUUAAAACCUCAAGAGCGAAUGAGCUGGAAGAAAGCUGGGCGCAACAGCAGACCAUUUUCCUGCAACGACAUUGAGUCUCUGAAGCAGCGUGGGUUCUCUCACGUAAAAGAUUGGGAAUCGUUGACAUUCUUACUUCCUACAGAGUAUCGUAAAGUUCUACACGACGUCCCUGAGGUACCUAGUCAUAUAAAACUAGGUGAGGAAACCAAAAAACCGCUGUUUUGUUUGUCACCUCCGAUGAGGCAAAAGGGAAGAUCUGUGGAAGUGCCUACCAAUGUGUCAUCCAGCAGCAGCAGCACUGGAACCCAGCCUUCUUCAGGGUAUCGUGGGUCUUCGACAAUACUUACUGAUUCGUUGACGAACCAACAAACCAGUACCAAUCCUCUUUAUCUUUAUCGGUAUGAUAGUGGUAGUUCAGAAAAUAGUUUGAUUAGUCAGGACAAAAAAUCUCACCAGGCAAGAACUUUAACUGGUCACAAGUUACCUGGCUUUCCUAAAAGAUCUAUAUCUCUUCCGCAUGGAGAAAAAGAAAAUGCUGGAGAGUAUAUUGGUAGAGUCCCACCGCGGCCUCCUUUACCAAGAAGCAUUCUAAGGAAAAAUAAAUCAGGUAAUAAGAGGUACAGCAUGUUUGAAAUGGGAGGCGUUGAGGAGGUUGAAGAUCAAUUAAAGUCUGACAAUGAACCAAACAAACGGAUGUCUUUGCAAGAGCCGUAUUAUAUUAACAAUGAUUUGCAAUUGUUGAGACACGGGAGGAUCAUUGACUCUGACAAGGACGUUGAUGAGGUUGAAGAGAAGCGAUACGCUGAGCGUAUGCGAGAAGUCGGUAAUUACCGAGUCCCGGAGGCAACAAUGGAUCUUGAGUCUAGUGGUGGUGAUGAUGUUAAGCAGCUGGAAGAGUUUUUAAAGCGCAGUGGAUUUAGUUCCAGCAGCGACGACGGUGAAGAUCCUGAUGUUAAAUUGAGAUCUUAUGUCAGGAAAUUCUUGGCGUUGAAAAUGAACAAGGAUAUUGUCAGAGCUGAGAUGCUGGAGUCUCAGAAAAAAACUGUCAGCUUUGCGGGAUAUUUGGAUGAUAAAAAAAUUAAUUUGGAAGCGAAACAAUUGAUGGUUAGUUCAGUUAGCAAAGCUGUGGAUUUACUUAUCAAAUUCUGGAAUUCUAGGUCGGGAGAUUACAAUGAUAAAAUUGAAUGCUCGCAAAUUUGUCUUAGUAAUUUGUGUCCAGCUUUGUAUGCUAUAAUGUCUGAUGGGUUAAAGCCGCAAUUGAAUUCGACUUUCGGGCCUAUUGCUAACAGUGUUUGGCAAGUAGUUGAAGCUUCUUCUCAGCAAGGCCCGCUGACUCAUACGCUCAAUGAACUUGUUCAAAAGAUAAAUAGUGAGGAUUUUAUGACUGAAGGACUUCUUAAGUUUCACGCUUUUGUAUUUGGACUGCUUAAUUUAAGAGCCCUAGAUGCGUGGUUUGCGUACUUGUGCACUCGUGAGACGAUAUUACGCAAGCAUUAUAAUAGCGGGAGUUUAUUUAUUGCUGCGCUAGGUUGUGCCAAUUCACGGAAAUUAAUAGACACUUUUUUGAGUAUGUUAGACCCUCUUGCGUUGUGUCCAUUCCAAUUAGACCUUUUGUACCAGUACCGGCAAUUGCACAAUAGCUUUAGUCAUGUUAACAGCCUCAGGGCGAAUGAUAGCGCUGGUGAUAAGAAACAAAGUGUCAUUCCGAGUCCUAAAAAAGCAAGGCCACGCUCUUGUGGGUUUGAGAGUGUCAAGAAUGAUAAUACAGAUAUUAAAAAGCGAUGGAGUAAUUUAGCAAUUGGCUCCAAGAUGUUCCCUGUGCUUGAUAAGCUUACUUGUGAUGACUCUGAGGACUACACUGAUAGCUUGGAGCACUCUCCGUUGAAUAGAAAUAGGAAAAACUUGCCCAGGUCAAGUUUUGAUGUAAGAACUGCUGGUGAAGUUGAUGAAGAUGAUGAUGAUGAUGAUAAAGAUAAUGCAGCAGGUGGACUGAAGUUCAGAAGGCUCCAGGAAAAAUGGGAGCUCAUGGGUGGCAAUGAUAGAGAAGCUACCUCGCCAUCUUCUCCGUUGAAAACUCCCACUAGUGUUACUAAGUCUAAAAUUCCGCGGCUGCUUACCUCGCCGAUUAAACAGCCAGUGAGUAAUAUUGCGGGGGCGAAGAGUAAAAUUCCGGCUACUGGGAUUCCGGUUAAGAAAUCUGUUACGAGUACUAGUAAGGUGAUGAUGAUGAUGAUGCCCAAGAAAGCAGACUUGAAGUUGAAGGAAGUGCCCAGGCGCACUAGUCGGGUCGAUCAGGAGAGCAAUAGCACUCCGAGAAGUCAUUUAACAAGGCCA